UUGUUCCGGAAGGAUUCCUUUGCUCAGAUCGUUUCUGCCUCACUAGAGUGGCCAACUACAGCGCAGUGGGCCUUUUGGCACCUAGUGCACGCCGAAGGUAUCCCUGGCGAAUGGUUAAUCCAACUUUUGCCAAAGCUGAAAUCAUCGCAACAUGCAGAAGCCGCCGCGAAUGUUCUGCUCAUGUUGAAACGGGCCGAUCGUGAUCCAAAUAUGAACAUGCUGCGAGCGCUGUUCUCUAGGAUGCCUUCGUCUGACGACACGUUCACUAUCGAUUGCAUAAAGAUUCUUAUCGAAGACCCAUCAACGUGCAAACGAGUUUCGGACAACGUGGGCAAUCUUCUGAAGAAGCAGAUGGCUGCUGGUGACCUGCACAUUGGCGGGGGUACCAAAGGCGCCUCGAAGAAGAGCCCACAGAAGUUAUCCAUGGAACAGGUUCUUGCACAUCUGGAGCAGUUCACUCAAUUAUGUCUCAUGAAGGAAAAGAAGUCGGCAGAGCAGAUAUUUUCGAACUCUACGGUAUUAGAAGCAUUCAUGGAGGCCGAGAAGAACGACAAAGUUGCGCCAUUAAGAUCUAAAUUUGCCCAGCUUUUUGCUGUGGUCAAUAUUCUCCGUGACGAGUCCCGAGAUAAAGAACAAUCUUCGCGAACUCUACGAGGGAACCGUGGCAGCGGCGCAUCUUCAUCGUCAAGUAAGACGAGGCACAAAGAGGAAGACAAAGAAGUAAGUAGCUCUUAA